GUGGACGAUACUUAUUCUUUUUUAAUGAGAGGUCCUGGUGAGAACGAUUGCAAGCAUUUUCCAUUCCCAUCCUCCCUUUCGCCGGUUGCAUAGCAUUUUGAGCAUGACGAAAAAUUGGGACGAGGUUCACGAAAUCAUUCGAAAACUCUAUGUGAUCGAAGGGAGACCUCUCUCCGAAGUUCGGAAAGUCCUUCAGGCAGACCAUGGAUUCUACGCGCAUGAACGUUCGUUUCGAAUCAAGCUUAGCGAUUGGCAUUUUACACGAGCAUCGCGGCGAUCCACAAACUCAAGGCCUUCAACUGCCGGAUCCCCGUCUCGUACACUUACGAACUGGAGCGAUUGCCUGAGAACAGCGAUCGAGCACAAUCGAUCUUAUGAACUCAACAUGAUCUUAGAAGGCACAUCGAGCCGGCCCAUGCUACUCGAUGAUGGAAUGCCACCUAUUCACUAUGCGGCAACCUGUGGUUCGUCGCAGCUCGUCUUCCAGGCCCUCCUAGACCAUAGGGCAGACAUCAAUGAACUUUAUUUCCACGAUGGUCAAAAGCGCAGUGUCCUUCAGGCUAUCCUUUUGAAACGUUUGAAAACACUCCGCUCAUCCAGGGUAUGCAAGAACAUCCACAGAAGUGCGUCGUAUCUCAUCUCUCGGGGUGCAAAACUCCAUCCAGGCGGUACUGGGGAACGUCCGGCUUUUGACAUGCUCAUCGAUCCAUGGCGGACAGACCCAGAGUGGUAUCUCACCGGUAAAGAAGACGAGUGGUCCUGUUUAGGCUCGUUCCUAUCCAAUGGUGCGAUUAUUCAAACUCCAUUUCAGUCUCGACGGUGUCUCCUGCAAAACGCGCAGACUUUCCAACACGUCGUUCUAUGCCAUACCGACAAUGACACUGCUCGUUUUAUCAUCAAUCAUGCCACAGUAUUCCAUGAAGGCAACGGUUCUUCUCUCCUUUCAGAGCUCGUCAAGGGAUGUCAAAAUCUGCAUUCACCCAAUUCCGGUCUGGCCCCAGAACUUCUUCAGGCUUUGUUGGACAAAGGCGCUGACCCCAAUGCGUUGGAUGAUGCUGGUCGAACUCCACUCAUGAAUCUUCUACGUCGCGAAGCCCCUAUACAACCGGAAAUUCUUCUUGAAAAUCUCGCUCGUCUUGUGAAGAGCGGAGCGGACCCCUUCAAAGCUUGCUCGAGUGGAGAAACGCCAAUUAUGUGCCUUCGCAACCACAACAUUGCUGGUGCUUUGGGGUUGGAAAUUGCUGAUAUACUUCUUACAGGAUUAGACGGCACACAUCUUUCGUGGACUGCCUCAUACUUUCCAAUAACUAAUGAGUGGGAGAAGUACCUGGGAAACACUCCAUUUUGGGAUGCAGUCCACGAAAACUUGCCAGAAAACAUCGCGAAUGGCUUUGCGAAAGCAGCUCUUAGUGUGUCAACCUGGCUGUACUUAGAAAAAUAUUUCCCUGCUGCAGAGUCACCAGACCAGACGUGGGAAAUCCUCGAGGUGUUGAAGCUUCGAGAGGCAGAACAAUUUCUGCACUAUGAAAUUUCGGAGAAGUCUGUCAUGAAGCUCAUGGGGAAUCUAAUGAUCAGGAUGGAGCGAGAUGCAAUGGUUGACCUCAAGUACGGAAUGAUAUCGGGCCAAUUACAGCAAAAUCCUCUUCAGCCGUUGCCAUCAGCCUUCACUGGUGGAGUCUUUCAGGAUUCCGAUAUGACCUACAUGUGCCCCAUAUGCCCAGCGAUUCCUGGCGUCUAUCUGGAGAAUUGGCAGCUCAAAGAUCAUUACGAGCAGCACGACCAUCCUUUCGUUUGUGGUCAACGGCAUUGUGAAAAGAGAUUCAAGUCUCAAGAGGAGCUAGAUGAUCACGAUGUCACUCACCACUGGCAUCUGUGCGACUAUACUCUGUGUGGCAAGAGGUUCAAGGCACAAUCCGAGCUCGAGCAGCACAAACAAGAAUUGCAGCACAGGUUUUCUUGGGAGGACGAAGCUGGAUUACAUAAAUCUAGGCCAAAGAGAAAUCCAUCUACAACGCUUAGGCCAUUGCCCUAUCUUAAGCUCUCCUAUCCUGAUGGUGGACUGCCUUGGUCUCCCAACCACCUCUCCAUAGGCGACUUCCCAGAGUUCCCGGAGGCCCCUGGUGUUUGAGAUCUUUUACCAGUCUCAUUCCCCUUUGCACUCUCAGUGGCAGAUCCUUGAUGAGUCGUGAGAUUUGUCUCCGUUAGAGCAUGGCUAUCGCCCCUGCUCGAGCCUACAGUCGUACUCUGUGUAGGUUGUGACGGUUGAAUGGGUAACGUCGUCGGGUAGGCUUGAUGGACUUCUCGAAUUUGACCGUGUCUGUAAGUUGCAAGAUAUGCUCUCUUGAUGACUGGUUUUGGCCUUGAUUUGCCAUUUUU